GAGAGAGAAGAAGAACAUAUUACCAAGAACAAACUAAGAUGGAGGAGGAGUCGGCAACAUAUACAAGAGAGGGCAAGGAGGCGGCGAAGGAGAAGACUAGCAGUGUUGCUGAUACUGUAGCCAAGAAAGCUAGAGAGUGUAAGGAUUUGGCACUGGGAAAGGCGAUUAAAGAUUAUGUAGCAGAGAAAGUGAGAGAAGCGAAUGACUCGGCAUUGGAGAAAGAUGGAGAGUACAAAGAUUAUGCAGCAGCCGAGAAGGCGAAGGAGAUGAAGGCAGUGACAAUGGAGAAGGCAAGAGAGGGAAAAGACAGUGUUGUUAGGAAGAUUUCAGAGUUGAAGGAGUUGGCGGUUGACGCGACGAAAAGGGCCAUGGACUUGUUGAGUGUGAAGAGCAAGGAAGAGGCAAUGCGUUUGGAGGAGCGCAGACUUGAGGAAAAGGAGUGGCGACAGGAGAGGGGCGCAAAAUAUAUGACACAUAGUCCUGAUUUUAAAAUAGUGGAGUUGGAGAAUCCCACCAGAACAGGCCUGGUAGGCUAUGAUGUUGUUAAUCUCAAUCAUGAUCGUUCGUUAUGUUGA